AUGCCCUCUGUUUUUUCUUCCACAGUAAUUAGUGAAUGCCAAAGGCAGCAACUGGAGUCUGUGAGCUACUCCUCUCGCUAUGCUUUGGGCCUCUUUUAUGAAGCUGGCACGAAGAUUGAUGUCCCUUGGGCUGGGCAGUACAUCACCAGUAAUCCCUGCAUACGCUUCGUCUCCAUUGAUAAUAAGAAGCGCAAUAUAGAGUCAUCAGAAAUCGGGCCUUCCCUCGUGAUUCACACUACUGUCCCAUUUGGAGUUACACACUUGGAACACAGCAGUGAGGAUGUGCAAGAAUUAAUCUUCCAACAGCUGGAAAACAUUUUGCCAGGUUUGCCUCAGCCAGUUGCUAUGAUAUGCCAGAAAUGGAGAUAUUCACAGGUUACAAAUGCUGUCGCCAACUGUCCUGGCCAAAUGACUCUUCAUCUCAAACCUUCCCUUGUGUGCGGAGGGGAUGGAUUUACUCAAUCCAACUUUGAUGGCUGUAUCACUUCUUCCCUGUGUGUGUUGGAAGCUUUAAAGAAUUAUAUUUAGUACCUGUAUCCUUAUUCUCUGCACGGACUUUGGGGUUUUGUUUUCACAAUUUUCUGUCAUUGAUUAUUUUGUUUUCUGUUUGUUGAGAGAAAUUACUGGAAAAUUGUUCUUCACUUUUUGUCAUAUUUCGUAGGGGGUAUAAAAUCGAUUUUAUAAUUUCAAUAGUUGUAACCCACGCUAGAAUAGAAAUUCCUUGUGCCUUACUGUUUUCCUCACUUUUCUGAACUGCUGUGACUAUUCUGUGUUAGAGGAAAAGUGGUGCUUAAGAAUAACGAAUGACCCUCCCCUAAAAUUAUUUUAAAUCAAAGUAAAGUUCAUGUGGCGAAACCUUUAUUAUCUUUUUGAAAAUUUCAAUUCCAAAUAAAGAAUGAUCAUUAUCAA